AUGAAACCGCCCGAGCAUCCAGGCCAACCCAAGUGGCAAAACUUUAAAGAAUGGAACACACUGAAGAAACCAAGCAGUUUUCAAGUCAUAAAAACUGCCCAAGAGACCCAUGAGGAACUAUUAGCAAGAUUUGGAUUACAAGAAGGCAAUGGUAGUGGUUGGGGAGAUGCUUCCGAUGCACAAGAUGCUGGCUGGGGUAGUCCUAACACGAUUGAUGGGCAAGGAGGAGGAUGGAAUUGA